AGAAAGUUAACUUCCUUGUGUUCAUAGUCUCUCAGUGCCGCUAAUACUGCUGCGGAAUGGAGGGCCGCACUUCAAAUGAAUAAAGCGGUUUCCAGCAAGACUUUCACUGGAAUAUUCCUCUGAAGAAAAUAACUGGAUUUAUCACCGCGAUAAAAGGAUGGGCUGUGCCAAGUCCAAGCCUGAUGAGGACUCUACAAACAAGGCUCUGGACGACCAGAACUCCUCCAGCAAAACCCCACCUGGGCACUAUGUUCAGGACCCCACAUCCACAUCCAAGAAUACUGCAACCAAACCCAGUCUUCCUGCAGCUGCUGGUCCGGAAAGCGUAGCCAUCGCGCUGUUUGAUUAUGAGGGCUUACACGAAGGAGACCUGGGCUUCAAGAAGGGCGAUCGCCUGAAGAUAUUACAGGAGUCAGGAGAGUGGUGGAAGGCCAUGUCCAUUAGCACAGGCCAGGAAGGAUUCAUUCCCAGUAACUAUGUUGCAAAAGAUAGCCUGGAAACAGAAGAUUGGUUCUUCAAAGGCGUGAGCCGUAAAGAUGCAGAGCGGCAGCUUCUGGCACCAGGGAAUCGAGUGGGAGCCUUCAUGAUCCGCGACAGCGAGACCAGCAAAGGCAGUUACUCCCUUUCGGUGAGAGACAGUGACGGCUGCAGCACUGAUACUGUCAAGCAUUACAAGAUCCGCACUCUGGACAACGGAGGUUUCUACAUCUCCCCCCGUAUCACCUUCAGCACUCUGCUGGAGCUGAUCAGCCACUAUAAGAAGCAGAGUGAUGGUCUGUGUCAGUGCCUGAAGGCACCGUGUUUGAGUCCAAAGCCACAGAAGCCCUGGGAGAAGGAUGCCUGGGAGAUCCCCAGGGAGUCCCUGAAGCUGGAUAAGAAACUGGGGGCGGGCCAGUUCGGCGAGGUCUGGAUGGCCACGUACAACAAGCACACCAAGGUGGCGGUGAAGACGAUGAAGCCGGGCACCAUGUCGGUGGAGGCCUUUCUGGAGGAAGCCAACCUGAUGAAGAGCCUCCAGCACGACAAGCUGGUGCGCCUCAAUGCCGUGGUAACCAAAGAGGAGCCCAUUUACAUCAUCACGGAGUUCAUGGAGAAAGGGAGUUUACUGGACUUCCUGAAGACCGAUGAAGGAAACCGUCUCCAACUGCCAAAACUUAUAGACUUUUCCGCACAGAUUGCAGAGGGCAUGGCCUUCAUCGAGCGCAAGAACUACAUCCACAGGGAUCUGCGCACCGCCAACAUCCUGGUCAACAAGGCUCUGGUGUGCAAGAUCGCUGACUUUGGCCUGGCCCGUGUCAUCGAGGACAACGAGUACACCGCCAGGGAAGGUGCCAAGUUCCCCAUCAAGUGGACUGCUCCCGAGGCCAUAAACUACGGCUCCUUCACCAUCAAGUCUGACGUCUGGUCCUUUGGCAUCCUACUGAUGGAGAUCAUCACCUACGGCCGCACUCCGUAUCCAGGUAUGACGAACCCGGAGGUGAUCCGCAGCCUGGAGAAGGGCUACCGCAUGCAACGGCCAGACAGCUGUCCAGCAGAGCUGUAUGACAUCAUGCUGACCUGCUGGAAGAACAGGCCUGAGGACCGGCCCACUUUCGAGUACCUGCAGAGUGUGCUGGAGGACUUCUACACUGCCACUGAGAGCCAGUACCAACAGCAGCCCUGAUAACACACACACACACACACUCACAUACACUCUCUCUCUCACACACACACACUGCUACUGAGAGCCAGUUCCAACAGCAGCCCUGAUAACACACACACACUCUCUCUCUCUCUCACACACACACACACUGUAGUUCCUGGUGUUGAAAGGUGAGCUUACCUGGACACAGCCUUGUUCUCUCUCUGAUGCACUGAUACUUCCUCUCAGGUGAAGCACCUGUAGUUCCAUCUCCUUGCCCCCUGUCUGUCUGUCUGCUGCAGAGGCACACUGUCUUUCACACUCUAAUAACUCAGGUAUAUGUUUUAUAAAAUGACUAUCUCCUUCAUUUAAUAUGAGGCCUCACAGCUGUGCAAACUAAUCUUCUAGCCCUGUCAUGUCAUGAUAUGAUGAACAUUACAUGCAGUCUUUUUACUCUGGGUGGAUGCUGUUUACAGUGGGUGCAUCUUUGGAUUCAGCUGUAGGGUACACGGUCUUACAGAGGAGGGCGCUGUUGUGAAUGUACAGUUUGCAAUUUGCAUAUGAAGGAAAAUGGCUUUCAUUUCCACCUCUCUCCUUUAAAAUAUAAAUGAAUCCAUUCAUCUGACAGAAAGGAGGUGUGAGGGGUUUCGAUUGCUAUUUAUCUGAUGGGUUCAACCUCAUUAUUCACUUAGUAAAUAGUAUUUAUCAUGAUGGAAGAAGGUUUUUAAUGGUAAAGGUUAAUUUAUUUGCUGGGUACACUGCUGUACCACCAACACAUUUAGCAAAGCUUUAGCUAACGAACAGUGCCUUGUUAGACAUUAGAUAGUUUACUUUUAUUUUGACAUUUUCUAUUUAAUUUUUCUAUUUGUCUUUCACAUCCUGUCUGUAAUUGGGCAGUUGAGAUGAAGUCUGCAAUACUUUCUUGGCAUUUGUUUUUAUUUAAUUCAUUCUAAGUGUCGCCUUAGCUGUGCUGCCACAUGGAAAACAGCCAGUAUUCAUCAGAAUUUAAAAUGUAAAAAUGACACAAAAUUCACUGCUACUGUCUUUUUGAUUACCUCCUCUAGAUACUGUGACUAGUUUGUAACUUGAGGGUCUGUCUCUAUCUGUCAUAAGCCAUAAAUAAGCCAAUGCACCUUGCGUUUUAUUUAUAAAAAAUUACUUCUUUAAAAACUGCACUUAUCCUUAAAAUUAGAGCCACGUGACAGUGUAGAGACUGUACGUCAUUUUAAAGUGCCAAAUUCAAGUUUGCAUGUGAGUCUGUAGCCUUUGGUCAUCAAUGUUGUACUAAAAUCAAAUUAAACGUUUUUAAAAAUUA